GUUAAAAACAAAUCUAUAAUCAAAAUUUGAUUAUAGAGAAUUAUUUAAAGAAAAAAAAGUUAUAUAAACUUUAGAAAAAUGUUAUGUUAUAAUGGAAAACUUAGUUUUUUCUGUUUUAUAUUCGCUGGUUUAAUCGCGAUUUUAUCAGAAAUAUUACUAAGGUUAGAAUUCGAUAUUUUUCGAACAUAUUUCAAUAAUAUUUGGCUUAUGCAUUUAUUUCAAUAUGGAUUCUUAAAUAUACUUUUACUUCUUGUAUUUUAUGGUUUCUCUUAUCAGGUUGCUGUAAGAGCCAUAUUUUUAGGAUAUGGAUUUGGAAUUGGAAUUAUAUUGUUUUUUGUUGCACCACCUUCAUGGCAGAUGUUUGGAGUAUAUAUUACAGUUCUAGCAACAUUUCAUUAUACAGAAUUUUUAAGUAUUGCUUGGAUAAAUCCAUCUUCACUUUCUAUCGAUAGUUUCAUUUUAAAUCAUAGUAUAGCUUAUGGAGUGGCAGCAUGCUGUAGUUGGAUAGAAUUUAUUAUAGAAAGAUUAUAUUUUCCUGGGAUGAAAGAAGCUUCCUUCAUAUCAUACUUUGGAUUAGUACUAUGCAUUUGUGGAGAGUUUUUGAGAAAGCUGGCAAUGUUUACUGCCAAACAUAAUUUCAAUCAUAUUGUGCAAAGUGAAAAAAUGGACAAUCAUGAAUUAAUUACCUAUGGAGUUUAUAAAAUUUGUAGACAUCCUAGUUAUGUAGGCUGGUUUUAUUGGUCUAUAGGAACACAGUUAAUACUUCAGAAUCCAUUUUGUCUCUUUGCAUACACUGUGACAUCUUGGAAAUUCUUCCAUGAUCGUAUUUUAAUUGAAGAAGUCACUCUGCUUAAUUUUUUUGGACAAGAUUAUGUAGAAUACCAAAAAGAAGUUAGUACGGGACUACCUUUUAUAUCUGGUUAUAAAUUGGAUGUAUAGCAGCCAAUAUAUGUUUGAAAUAUUGUGAUUGUUUUAAUUUCUCAGGAAUAAUCAUAUCAUUAUUUAUAUUAAUAUUCUUUUUUAUUGUAUCAUAAACAAUAACAAAAAAAUUAAGAAAAGUUUUUAACAAAAUUAUAUUUAUUGUCUCAUUUCAUUUUGAAGAAUUAUUCAUAUAACAAUAGACUAUACUUUCAUAUAUGAUUACUUUCAGUUGAUUCAGAUUAUACACUUAUUUGUAUAUUUACUUAUUAUAAUAUGUGAAUAUAUAUACAUAUGUAUGAAAUGUAGUAGAUAAUAAAUAUGUAUAAUGUUGCAGUUAAUACUUGCAUUGACCUAAAGCAUUCAAGUCGAAUAAUAAGAAAAAAAAUUCCAAUGAUUUCAGCAAUAUUACAAUAAUUUCAUUAUGUCUGUACAUGAUCAUUUACAAAUCUUAAUACUGACAAAGCUUUUUAUCAUAUUAAUUAAUUCUGUUUGAAUAUUUCUAUCUAUUUAUUAUCUUAUCUUAA